AAUAUUUAAGGAUCGGGAGUACCGAAAAUGCAUCAGUCAGAAUUUGGUAAAAGCAGCUUGAAGACCAUUGGUCAAUUGUGGUCAAAAUGCUGAGGAUUGCUGUAUUUGUGUUUGUGGCUUUACUGUGCACGGUAUUGUGCCAGCCUUUGGAUUUACAAGAAAAGACUGAUGACUCGAACGCGGUAGAACAUCAUGUGAGCCGGAGGUUUGUCAACCCCAUGUUUGCGCUGGGAGGCAGUGGAGACAGUUCUGUCACUAAGAUGAGGACUAAGAGACAGGCGGACGAGUGUGAAAGACUAGCGCUGUGCAAACUACACGCACGGUCACAGAGAAACUUCUUUGCUGCCUUCCAACUGUACUUCGUCAACAAGGAAAACGCUAAGUUAUGGGACCACCAGGCAAGAUCAAUCGCCGACUGUAAUGAACGAUUUGGAGAUUGUUAUGAAUAAAUAUUCACUGCUGAUGGUAAAGCUUGUAUCGACUAUAGUAUGGAAAAUUGGAGAGAGCAAUGUAUUACAUAAAGUAUCUUAAAUCAAAUAAAAUUGUUUUAAAACUUGAACUUAUUGCUAUUAUGUAAAGACUAAAUACAAAAAUCAGUAAAUAAGAUUAAAACGCUCUUUGAAACAAACAA